AUGCUGUCUCUACUGCCUGAUCUCGCCCCACGCGACUCGCAUUCGCUCUGGUUCACGUCCUCUCGCAAUCCGACUGUAACGCACGAUCAUCAGCAACAGCCUCUCGACAGCGCCCACCCUCAAGCGAACCCGCGCCGUAACGUACACAUCAUCGAGAGAUCCCCACUCGCUCGCUUGCGCGCCGAUGAACAGAACCUCGAACGCCGCAUGCACAAUGUCUCGAAUUUUGGCAGCGCAUGGCUGAAACCACCAGGUAUUCCCAAAACCUUACACCAGAUACGCGAAGAACGCCGAGAACAGGAGGAGCACCAGGAGGCCAUGCGACGCGAACAGCUCGCUCAGGAACUUGCCGAAGCUGAGGCUGCUGGGGGUGAUGAUCCUGCUGAAGGUGGGCCCAGCGACCCAGACGCCGUCAUGGGGGAAAUUGUCGGCAGUGAUGCCAUGGACGAUGUGCAGCUCGAUGGGGCAGGAGAACGAGACCUCGAUGAUGAGGUACCAGAGGCAGAAGGGGACUUCUUUAGCGCAGCUGAAGAAAGUGACGACGAAGAAGACAGCGUUUCUUCUUCCGAGGCCGAGGCCGACCCGGUCGGGACGCCGGCCGGCGCGGCGCGGACAGCACGCCUCCAAAGGGAGCUCAUGGCGCAAAUGAUGCGCCGUACCCAUGAUCCGCAGAGACAAAGCAUUGGGGGUGAGGAUGAGGUAGAUGAAGAGGACCAACAGGAAAUGAUAGAAGAGGGCGACGUUAUCGGUGAAGAUGGCGACGACCGGGGUAUGGACGUCGAUCUGGAUGACGACGUGCCAGAGGCCGAGAGCUUAGGCGGAUACGAGCACACAGACACGGAAGCUGAAUUAAGCAGCAGUGAUGAUGAUCAGGGCGAUGUUAGCUUCGCUGCUGCACGGGCACCACAGUCAGUUCGCUUCAGGGGCAGCUUGGCACGAUCUGAUGCAACGCGCAACAGUCUUGCUUUUAGCGAUCUCCUGUCAAGAGACGGAAGUAGCCUGCUUGGGAGCAGCCCACACGUCCAAAGGCGCGUCUAG